AUGACCAUAACAACUACCUUGCUUCCCCUCUUGUUCCUUCUCCUUGCCUUUACCAUAAAACUGAAGUUUUCCAUUGCUAGUGUGCUUGACACAGAUGGUAAAUGGGUAGAAAAUGGUGGUGACUACUACAUCUUGCCAUGUUUCAAUGGAGAGGGUGGUGGAGUUACAUAUGCUAGCAUUGGGGUGAAACAACCACUUGCUGUUGUUCAAUCUGCCUCAAAGAACUGUCUUGGCUUGUCAGUAUCAAUUUCAAACUCUCUUGGAACAAUGAUCAUUCUUACAGAUGAGAAUGUAAGUAUCAAGUUCACUAAUAAUUCAUCCACUUGGAUGAUUGUCAUGGAUGAAUUAGCCAAAGUGUGGUAUGUAGCCAUUAACAGUGCUGAAGGUUACCUGAGUCAUCAAAUUAAGAUGGGAAGUUUCCAAAUUAAGGAGUAUGACUUAGGUUACAAGUUUGUUUUUUGUAGUGCUACAAACUCCUCAACUUGUGAAGAUGUUGGGAUAUAUACUGAUAGUGAUGGAAAAAAUCGUUUAUCUCUCUAUGGAGGAGCGUUUGCAGUUAAGUUCCAGAAUGCAGAUAAAGCUCUUGUAGCAUAUGAAUAA